AUGGAAAAAUGUAAAGCUGAAUGCUUCCUCAGCGAUCCAUCCGGAACAAUACCAUUAACUCUCUGGGAAGACAAAAUAAAUGAAGUCAGUGAAGGAAAAACUUAUACAUUCCAUAACGUUAGAGUUAUAAAAGAAUACAAGUCUGACAAACUGGCCUUGGGCACAACGAUGCAUGACUGUACAGUGUCGGAAGCAGAGGACUUCAUUGAAUCCUUACCCCAGUCUGUUGAACUGCCUGAUUCUUUUACAACCACAGAGGCCAAGGUUGAAGUCAUUGGUCUGCUAACAUUCGGAAAGUACCUUUCAUGUUUACAGUGCCACAAAAAGGUAGCAGAUGGAUCUUUUACUGCCAAGAUUAUAAAAUGUGGUAACUGUAAUCUGACGCAAAAAAGAGAUAAAUGUAUUACCAACUGUUUUGCACAAGUUAAAGUUUCACAAGAUGACAACCAGUUCACUGUAACAUUCUUCCAAGAACAAAUUAAAAAAGUUUUUAAUAUCUCACAACGUCCACAAACACUGGAUGAAGAAAAGAUAACAGAAGCACUCUUAGAUGCUCCAAUCUUAAAAAUAAAAUAUGACAAUAAAUCAAAGAUCAUAAACGAGGUAUCUCCCUAUAUCAUUUGA